ACCAGGGAAGUAUAACGUCACGCAUUCAUUAUUCUUCAUUGCAAAGUUUAUAGUCCACUCGAUAUUGCAAUAGCUACACACAUCCCGGCUAUAUCUUGGAAGCUCACACGGAAGAUGGCAAAUGAGGCUAACCCAUGCCCAUGUAAAAUUGGACACAAACUGGAUUAUCAAGGGCGGGGGGAGGAAGUGCAGAUUGAGCACAUCAAGGCAUACAUCGUGAAUCCAGCUUCAUCUUCUGAAACAGCCAUUAUUGUCGUCCAAGACAUUUUUGGAUGGCAGCUUCCCAACACCAGAUAUAUGGCUGAUUUACUUGCGUCUAAUGGAUACAUCGCCAUUUGCCCAGAUUUUUUUGUUGGAAAAGAGCCAUGGAACCCAUUGCAUGGAACUCCAACCGACAUGUCAGCAUUUCUUGAGUGGUUAGAAGACAAACAACCCACUAAUAUAAACAGAGAGGUCGAUGCUGUGUUGAAGUACCUGAAAGAACAGUGUGGAGCCAGUCAGAUAGCUGCUGUGGGAUUCUGCUGGGGAGGGGUUGCCGUUCACCACUUGGCUCUGCAGUAUCCAGAACUAAAAGCUGGGGUCUCCAACUAUGGAAUAAUUAGAGACGCUGAGGACAAGUAUCAGUUGCAGUUCCCCACAUUGUUCAUUUUUGCUGAGAAGGAUCCCUAUGUACCACUUGAUCAGGUGACCACCCUUGAGAAGAGACUACAAGAAAAAUGUCCAGUUGAUUUUAAAGUUAAAGUUUUCCCUGGACAAACCCAUGGAUUUGUUCAUCGCAAGCAGGAAGACAUAAAUCCAAGUGAUACAACUUCCAUUGAAGAGGCCAGAAUGGACAUGGUGAAAUGGCUGAAGAAAUAUGUAGAAAAAUGUUGAUCAGGUGACCACAUUCUGAUGCAAAUUCAAAUUAGCCUAAUCCUUUUGCUUAAUAACAUACACAGAUGAUUCAUUGCAAGAAUCCACUGUUAAAUUAAAAUGUUUAAGGCUAAAUUGAAUUAAUUUUUGUAAGACUAACUAUUUUUCUUAGCAUAUUUGACAAUGAGGUAUUGUAUAAUAAUUUUAUACAAUGAAUAUGUAGUACAUCUUUCUGAUCAAGACCAUAUCAUGGUGUAAAACAUUUUGGCCACUGCUGCUUUGUCCUAAUCAGGGUCUCAAUCACAUGUUGUUUCAUAUCUAACAAGAACACAAGCAGAUGGUUAAGCAUCAUGUUCCAAAUUUCUCACAUUUCUAUUUUCUCACAUUUCUAUUUUCAUUCACUAGAUACCACAUUUAACUCAUACAUGUGACGUUUCCUUAUUUGCUGCAUUAAGUUGAUCAAUGUGUUAAUUGUUAAGUAUAUCUAACACCAUUUUAAGAAGUACAAUGUCAUGUUUAACAGCAUCCCAGGACUUGCUUGAAUAGACCUUCAUCUCAGAAUACCAAGUUACAUUUCAAGUAAAUGAAGUCAGGUUGGGAUAUUAUUCACAGCAUAUAUAUUUGUUUCUCUUAACCCCUUCCCAACCAAUUAUUUUGGAAAAAACCUGUCAUUUUCAGACUAUAUAUAUAAUAUAGUAUUUUUUAUGCUGAUUAUGAAAAAGUAUUUCAUUUUUUUCCCAUUUUUGUGGUAGAAAUUCUAUUUUGAAAAAUAAAAGUGUUUAGACGUGUUUACUCGUCCGUGACUGAAAAAAACACAUAAAAAAAACGUAUAUACCCGUUAUAUCAAGUGGACAAAUGUUAUUGUAUGUCUUAAAUGCUGCAGCUUGAGAGCUUAUUAAAUAAAUCUAAUAACCAGA